AGUUGUCACACAUUUGGUUGCUGAUCUUCAUUGGUACAUAAGGUCAAAUUUACCGAACCGUGCUUAUAAGACUCCAUGCGAGCCUAUUAGAUCACAAUGGGCCAGUCAAGAGACGAAAAGUCGCUUUUGGGCAACGUAUGUCCAUGAAGCAGCUGAGCAUGAUGGACAAAUUCUCGACAAGUACAAAAGCGACAUGGACAUCGUUCUAAUAUUCGUGCGUCUUUUACCUUAGCACCACUCCUUUUCUUACUAAUUUACUCGAUAUCGGAUACACAUACCCAUUGUUGUUAUAGGCGGGUCUUUUCUCCGCCGUUACUACCUCCUUCAUUGUCAAUAUGCAUCAAAACUUAGCUCCUGAUCCAACUACGGAAACCAACAUGCUUCUCAAGAAGCUGAUUCAUACAGUUAACAAUUCAACAUUUUUGGACGACAAUUUCGACACACCACCAUGGACUGGUCCUGGCUCCACCGAAAUAUGGGUUCAGUCACUCAUAUAUGUAAGUCUAUCUGCGAGCCUUCUUGCAGCACUGGGAGCAAUGCUGGGCAAGCAAUGGCUCAACCAUUUCCAACACGUUGGUCACGGAACGGUUGAUGGUCGUGGAAGGCGACGGCAACGAAAGCUUGAUGCUUUAUACGCCUGGCAUUUCAACGCUGUUCUGGAAGGCCUUCCCAUCCUGUUGCAGUUGUCCUUAUUGCUGUUUGGGGUUGCUCUCGGUGCAAACCUAUGGACAGAACAACGCAUGGUCGCCUGCAUUGUCAUUGGCACAACCACAUCUGGAGCCGUUUUCUAUGCGCUAAUUGUUGUCGCCGCAUUGAUAUCUGACGUGUGUCCAUUUCAAACACCAGCAUCUAAUCGACUUCGCAGUAUCGGUCAGCGUGUUGUCCGCUUCCACAACGCUCUUCAGAAGAGAAAUCAGACCAUCCUUUCAUCAUUCUUGCGCUUCGUCGGCUAUAUCCCCUAUACCAUAAUAACUUCACUUCACUCAUUCGCAUCAUGCAUUUCUCACCGGCUUUCCUCUCAAUACACCAUCACAAAUACGGAUGCCCCUUGUAUCCGAUGGUUGCUUGAGACCUCCGAUGACCCAGAUGUAAUUACCACUGCCGCCAGCCUGGUUCCUGAGGUCGAGUGGCCACCAGAUUUGGAUGUAUCGUGUGCCUUGCUCAGGCUGCGAGACACUUUCCUGAAUUGCUUCGAGAACACACAGUAUGAUCAACCGAAACUUUCUGACUUUAGCCGAGAUUGUGCGAUUGCAUGUGGGAAGGCCUUCUUACAUCUCUACAUCGAAAGGCGGUCAUUGGAUGCCAGACCUGUCUUUCUGCGUGCCACUCAUGAUCCAGAAUUCGCACCUACCAGCUCCUCUCGUCUGCAUGAUGUCCAUUGGCUAACGUGGACUCGUCAAAAUGACCCCGAACUCUCUUUCAUCUGCGACCUCAUCCUCGAGACAGUGCUGGAUCUUGGUGUCAGCACACCCAUUUCGCUUGGAAACCCGAAAAUUCCGAACACCUUUCUGAUGUGGAUGUCUCAUCCCCUACUCCAUUGUCUCAGUGCAGACCAGUAUGCAAGGUUUUGGAGGCGACGUGCAUUGGAUGUAGUAGAGAGGCUACUUGUGCCGCCCUUACCCCCUACGAAUGUCAUAGCAAACUGCCUUAUGGCGGCAGGUUUGCUUCUGGAUCAACCCGUUGAUCCAAGUCAACUAAUCAGCACACACAAGGGGUCAUCGAUUAAAACAUUGCUUGUAUCUGUCCUCAAGAGCAUGCAGCAAGCCAUUGGCAUUGACAUCCAUCUAGAGCUUCGCGAGCGCUCAUCUCUUUACGCUCUGAAACUUCUACAACCUCUGGCGGCUGUUUUAGAAGUCGAGCAGUUUCGCCAAACAGCGUACGAUUUGGGAAUGCCCGAUUGGGGUGUUCGACUGUGUCAAAGCUUUGUCGACAUAGUACUUCAUCAUCCGGAACUCUGCAGACCAGAAGCACGUGAAAAGGCUUGGGUGGCCGCUCGCGAUGCGCUGCAUUUUAGUGUGAUCACUGCUAGGAGUGGCGAUAGCGGCCCGGCUGAUGAUCAAACCGCUUAUACGGAAGAGAUUUCUCGUCUCCGCACGACCAGGAAUGCUGGUUGCGGCUGGCUUCUUGAUUAUAUCAGGCAUCACCAUUUGAUCUCUCAUCAGUCAGCGCUCACUGACGCAUUCCUCACGAUGAGCGAAAUGAACAUCGACGCUGCAUGCAGAGAGAAGAUGCCGACCUAUAUCAACGCAAUGAUUUUUGCGAUGGCCCCGGAAAAGUCACCACGGCUUCGCAAGGCUGCGUUUCGCGCCGCGUAUUCAUCAAGGAACUUUCUUGCAUCGCUAGACAUCAAUUCUCUCUCCCAGGAUCUCUGCGCUCAAUUUUCGGCGGCGCUUUCUAGCGUCACUGGUGACAGUAUAUCCUUUGGUCAGGGCGAGGACGGCAUUCUUUCUGAAUAUUCCAGCAUGUACGGGAAGCAAAACCUUCGUUAUUUGCACAUCUUGUUCUCGUGGACUCAAAGUAAACUAUGGUCCCAUCACCUCUAUGAUGGUGGACACCUCGAGGCAUGCCUACUCAUCGCACAAAACCUUCGUUACUUCGAAAUAUACCCUCUCACAGAACAUCUCGCCUUGUACAUCAUUGCAAUUAUGGCCCGACUACAGUCGGAAGGAGAACACGGCAAUCUCAUCCCAAACGAUCUUUGUGGCCUACUUGUACACAAGGCUUGGGCAUCUGUUGCCCUUCGUUCUCUAAAGCCGCUCAAGUUGUCGGAAUCCGUCAUACAUGAAGUCCUCGAACCACUUGCAGAGCUCACAAUUCAGCUACUGAAACGUGAUGCGGAGCUUGUCGAUGUCACAAGCGAGUUCAAGUCACGUGUACUGCAGACACUGCACCACUUGGAACAAGGUCCAGCGGACAGUGUAAUGUUAUCGCUGGUCAAGAAUGUUGUAUCACUGGUCACUACAUGAGCUACCCGUGGGCGAAUGGGUAUUUUAGUACCUUGGCUUAAUUGUUGAUGUAUGUUGUUUGCCGAUGUAACUGUAUGUAUCUCAAUGCCGCAGGUCAAAUUGUAUAGGGCAGUUCCGAAUCGUUACG